UUCGCUUUCUCUUACUUGUUCUCUGGCUCCAAGGUUUAUGAGCUGAGCGAUCGACGUGUUCGUAAGACUUAUGACCUUCGCGACCUCUUUCCGGGUGGCCCGUCCCAUGUCGAUGCGGCAGUGUUCAACCCUAUCUCUGGCAUGAUGCUUCUCUUUGGUGGCCGGCAGGUAUAUGGCUACACUUUCUCACGUCUUCGAACUAAUUUCCAACUAGACUCCAGUUUUCCCAAGCGCUUACCAUCAGAGAUUGCCUUCUCACCUAGCGGAGCUCUUCGGUGGAUCAAUGGACAUCAGAUCCUCUUAUCCAGCCGCGAUGAGUUUGCCGUGUAUGAUGAGUACUGGAAUCAAUCCACAUUGAACAACCGGAUAUCUAGUUACUUCCCCAACAUGCCUUCUGACGUGAAAGGGAUAGAAUCACGUGAGUUCAAAGUCCAAGAGUUCAGAGUUUAA